ACAGCGCCAAAAUUCAAAACGUUUGCGAGUCAAACAGGCUUCAUGUGAACACUUUCCGAGGACGGAUUCCUGGAUUUACGGGCUGCUAUGAGCAAAUCGCACCCGCUGCUCGUCGGAGACAACAUACCGGAGGGAUUUCAGUGAUAUGAAGAUUCAAGAGGCUUUUCCAAUGAUUUGAUCAUGAGGCGAAGCCCAAGGAGACCCCUCAUCCUCAAACGAAGAAAACUGCCUUUUCACCAGAGCGAAGCGGCUGAAGCACAGAACCGGCCUGCGGAGCCAGAGUCCACAUGUCCAUCCAGCCAGAGCGUCCCGGACGGCGUCCGCGUCAUGGACCACCCGUCCAUGUCCGGCACUCAGGUGGUCGUCAUUCCCAAAACUGCAAACCUCCAGAGUGUGAUCAGCGCCCUGACGGUGAAAGGCAAAGAGAGCGGCGUCCAGGGUCCGAACAAGUUCAUCCUGCUGAGUGCCAACAACGAACCCUCCGCUCAGGCCGCCGCCCAGGGGGUCCACCUCCCCAGCAGACCUGCAGAUGGACUGUUGGUGGUGAAAAAAGAAGACACCCCCGAUGCUAAAUCACUGCCGGGAAGCAGACCAUUGAUCAAGGAUCUUCCUUGCGGUCCUCUAGAUGACAGCCUCACCAACAUCCAGUGGUUGGGCAAAAUGAACUCGUCUGUCCUGGAGACGGAUCUGGCUCAGAGCAAGUCGGACAAGGAGAGCCAAAAAGCGGAUUCUAAUCAGGCAGAAAAACCCGCUGUGGGUUCGGAGGGCGGGCGCCCGCCGUUCUCCUACAUGGCCAUGAUCCAGUUUGCCAUCAACAGCAGGCAGAACAAGAUGAUGACCCUGAAGGAGAUCUACACGUGGAUUGAGAACCAUUUUCCUUAUUAUAGAGACCUGGCCAAGCCGGGAUGGAAGAAUUCCAUUCGCCAUAACCUCUCUCUACACGACAUGUUUAUUCGGGAGACGUCGCCUGAUGGAAAAGUUUCCUUCUGGACAAUCCGACCGGAGGCUAAUCGAUGCCUCACUCUUGAUCAGGUGUACAAGCCUGGCUGUGAUGCCAUGACUUCUCCUGUUCCUGUGUCAAUGCUUGUUUGUCCUCAUCAACCCCAGAAGAGGAUUCUUCCCGAUGUGAGGAAACCUCCGGUCGGCUCCGAGAGGAGGAUCAAACCCCUCCUUCCUCGAACCGAGUCCUACCUGGUUCCCAUCCAGCUCCCCGUCCCCGCCUCCAUCUUCCUGCCCUCCGCGUCGCCCGCCUUCCACGCCCCGUGUCCCCAGAAGAAGCGCAGCAGCCCCCGGGAAGCCAAGAGAGUCCGCAUCGCGCCCAAGGUGAUUCAGAGUGACGCCCGGGAUGUGUCGAUGUCUCCUCAGAGCAGCGUCAAGGUGGAAGUGAAGGAGGAGUCGGUGGACGUUCGCGUCUCCUGCGAGACUCCCAGAGCCGCUCCGAAGACAAACCCCAGCCGGUCGCGGCGCAAACAGCGCCUGGUGCAGUCGCUCCACGAAGAGCCCGUCCUCCUCUGCCCCAACAACACUUUCUUUGACUCUGGAGUGGCCUCCGACGCAUCCUCCAUGCUCCAGAACGUCCGGGACGCCGAUGCGGACGAGAACUGGAGCCCAAAGAGCCGGCAGAGGCCGGACAGGAGCCGGCAGCGGCCGGACAGCCCCGACCGGGAGUACUGCUUCAAGACCCCCAUCAAGAGCAGCAGCCACCUGGCCUCCUCCACCCCCAGCAAGCCCUCCGGCGGCGCAGUAGCCGAGCCCUGGAAGGUGACCCCCGUGGGCAAAGGGACUCAAACCGUCCUGGACUUCAGCCCCAUUCGCACGCCGGGCAGCGCCAGUCUCACCCCCCGCUGUGACUUCACCGCUCUGAGCUUCAGCGGCACUCCCUUCAAAGACUGCCCCCUCUUCAACUCCCCCCGGGAGCUGCUCACGUCCGCCCCCCCCAGAGCGACCGCCGGGGGGGCGCCGGAGCCGCCGGGCGCCUCGCCCGGCAACCGCUCCAUCACCGAGGGCUUCGUCCUGGACACCAUGAACGACAGCCUGAGCAAGAUCCUGGUGGACAUCAGCUUCACGGGCCUGGAGGACGACGACCUCGGCAUGGCCAACAUCAGCUGGUCCGAGUUCUUCCCUCAGCUCAAAUAGACCCGGGCGGGGGACACGGCGCCGUUCACGGGAAACGGAAACACUAAGAAAGACGUCUGACACCUUCCACGAGACAAAAUUCACAUUCGUAUCUCUACGAACAGGUGACAAAAUUGGGUUUAUUGGGAUUAUCAACAGGCUGCUAAUUUAAUCAGUCUUUUGUCUGGAAGAUGUUAUAUAUAUAUAUAUCGGUGUUAUAUAUAAAUACAAAGCCCCACUCUGGUUACAGUCAGAAUAAGUUUCCAGGUGAAUUUUUUAAACCCUCAUUUGGAUUUCUUUCACAGCCCAAAACACUUUUUUCACCUUUAAUCCUACUGUUGAAUGAGAGGGAAUGACUUUGUAUGCGUUUGUUGAUUUGCACACUUUAAUAUAUAUAUAUUAGCUUUUUACAUUUGCAAAUGUCAAAAGAUGUCGAGUAGCAGUAACAUCGGUAGUUUUUGUCUGUAUGGUGAUUGUAAUUUUUAACAUUCUAAUGAUGAUUCUGCAGCAUCAGAGCCAACUUUAGUACACUGUGCCGAAACCGAUGGCGCAUUUUUACAAUAUUUCAGCAAAAAAUAUCCUAUAUUUAUUUCAUUUCUAUGAAAAAUUAUCUGCUCACAUGCAAAAUACUGAACUCUCACCUGAGCUUGUUCUGCAGCGCCUUCCUUCCUUCCUUCACAGGAAAUGUUUGAAGUUGACAUCAGAUGAUGUGAUAUCUUUAAAAAGCCCCUCAUGUCUGGUGACAUGACGGCAUUUCAGUUUAUUUUUUGCAGCGCAGGAACUCGGCGCGAGUUGUGCUGAAU